UUGACUGGGAAAUCUAUGUUGGCUGUCCAGAAUAUGAAAUUUAGCAUCUUCCUUUUGUGGUGGGGAUGGAUUCUGGCUGCUGACAGCACAGUGCACUGGCCGGGAAGAGAAGUUCAUGAGGCGUCUAAGAAGGGCAGACCUCAGAGACAGAGAAGAGGAGCACUCGAUGAUGCCCCCAAGCAAGGCAGCCCAAUUCUGAAACGAAGCUCCGACAUAACCAAGUCGCCUCUCACCAAGUCAGAGCAGCUGCUGAGGAUAGAUGACCAUGACUUCAGUAUGAGGCCUGGCUUCGGAGGCCCGGCCAUCCCCGUGGGUGUGGAUGUGCAGGUGGAGAGCCUGGACAGCAUCUCGGAGGUGGACAUGGACUUCACCAUGACCCUCUAUCUGAGGCACUACUGGAAGGACGAGAGGCUGUCUUUUCCAAGCACGAACAACCUGAGCAUGACAUUUGAUGGCCGGCUCGUAAAGAAGAUCUGGGUCCCUGACAUGUUCUUCGUGCACUCCAAACGCUCCUUUAUCCAUGACACCACCACAGACAACGUCAUGCUGCGGGUCCAACCCGAUGGGAAAGUGCUGUACAGCCUCAGAGUUACCGUGACGGCGAUGUGCAACAUGGACUUCAGCAGGUUUCCGCUGGACACGCAGACCUGCUCCCUGGAAAUCGAGAGCUACGCCUACACAGAAGAUGACCUCAUGCUAUACUGGAAAAAGGGCAACGACUCCCUAAAGACAGACGAGAGGAUCUCCCUCUCCCAGUUCCUCAUUCAAGAGUUCCACACCACCACAAAGCUGGCCUUCUACAGCAGUACAGGCUGGUAUAACCGACUCUAUAUCAACUUCACUUUACGCCGCCACAUCUUCUUCUUCCUGCUCCAAACCUAUUUCCCCGCCACCCUCAUGGUCAUGCUGUCCUGGGUGUCCUUCUGGAUCGACCGCAGAGCUGUGCCUGCCAGAGUUCCCUUAGGCAUCACCACAGUGCUGACCAUGUCCACCAUCAUCACGGGCGUGAAUGCCUCCAUGCCCCGAGUGUCCUACAUCAAAGCCGUGGACAUCUACCUCUGGGUCAGCUUCGUGUUCGUGUUCCUCUCAGUGCUGGAGUACGCGGCUGUCAACUACCUGACCACAGUGCAGGAGCGGAAGGAACGGAAGCUACGGGAGAAGGUCUCCUGCAGCUGCGGACUGGCCCAGCCCCGGGCAGUGAUGCUGGAUGGCAGCUACAGUGACGGGGAGGUGAAUGACCUGAGCGGCUACAUGCCUGAGAAUGGCGAGAAACCCGACAGGAUGAUGGUGCAGCUGACCCUGGCCUCUGAGAGGGGCUCUCCCCAGAGGAAAAGCCAGAGAGGCAGCUACGUGAGCAUGAGGAUUGACACCCAUGCCAUUGAUAAAUACUCCCGGAUCAUCUUCCCAGCCGCUUACAUCUUAUUUAAUCUGAUAUACUGGUCGAUUUUCUCUUAGGUGUCUGUAAUUCUGUAAAUCCCGCCUUCUCCGUGGUUUGUGUGCACUCCAGAAAUUGCUGUGAAUGACAAAGUAUGAAAACCACCCCAGUGCCCACCUGGGCUUCCAGUGUCCCUUCUUCAGCCGUGCAAAGUUGCACUGACAAGACAGCCUGUUUGUAUGUAUUAAGCAUCAGUUGCACACACAGUAUUAUCCGAGGCGUUGCAGGAAUUUGUCAUGAUAGCAACUGGUAUUAGCUGUUCCCAGAUCCCAGGAAGAGCACAGAGGACACAUGGUCAUGCUGCGUUUCAGUGCUGGGUCCUGGGUUCUCUCCUCAUGGAGGCCUUCCUUCAUGGGCGGCACUGUGUUCUUUAGACAAUGUAGAACUGGAGAACACCUGAAUAAAACUCAUUUGCACGGAGUCCACAUGCACAUAAGCCCCUUCUGGUGACAGGCCGUGCUUCAGUCUGUCCCUGCACCUGUUCGGCAUCCCCCACAGUUAAUGUGUGGCAGUGAUGCUCAUGUAUCACUCUGUCCUUCCAUCCACUCUACAUCCCGCAUAGUUAACCUACAGUAGUGAUGUUCAUGUUUCAGUCUGUCCCUCCGUCCACUCGGCCUCUCCCCAUAGUUAACGAAAGGCAACGAUGCUCACAGACUCUCUUUAACAACCUGUAGGUAUAUCCCCUUAUAAGAAAUGCUCUCUAGAUGGCUGACUUUUCUCUGGCAGAGAAACUCUGAAGAUGGAGAUACGCGUUUGUGUUCUGUCUGUCUUGUGGAGCUGAGUGUGCUAGAGAACCGUGUUCCUCUCUCUGUUUUCUAGUCACUGUUUUGUGACUCUCUGCCACGGAGCAUGUGCUCUUUUAAAGUGAACUGUUUUCUCAGUGGCAUGAUUUUACCACAGAGGAGCUCGAAGAGGUAUUAAUUUCUUCUAAAUAAUCAGCAUUUCAAGGAAACUUGAGGGGUUCACAGCUCAUGAGAAUGAGAAGCACACAAUUUCUUUUUUUUAAGAUUUAUUUAUUUAUUGUAUACACAGUAUUCUGCCUCUAUGUAAGCCUACAGGCCAGAAGAGGGCACCAGAUCUCAUUACAGAUGGUUGUGAGCUACCAUGUGGUUGCUGGGAAUUGAACUCAGGACCUCUGAAAGAUCAGCCAGUGCUCUUAACCUCUGAGCCAUCUCUCCAGCCCAGCACACAAUUUCUUAAGAGAAAAUAACAUCAAAAAGCAAAAGAGACAGACAGACGUCUGCAUUUCCACUCUGAGAGCCAGCACUGCCUAGGAACUGGACAGCAGUUAUCAUCAAGAUUGAGCGUUCAAUAGACCAGAUGAAGUAGCCCGGUGGCAAGUGAUGUCAGUCAUCACUUGUAAUUUGCUGUGUUAUUUUAAAAUAAUGUUUUAAAAAAUUAAGCCUUCAUGUUAUCUAUCUAGAAGAUAUAGAACAAGUCCAACCAAACUUGCCCAAAAGUCACUUCACAGUACGGCGUUUUCUCUGGGCUCCAUCUUUCUCUCAAAGAGACAGAGAUGUCUAUUUAACGUUUGUUCUCAUCCCAGCAGUCAAUGAAACAAGUUAAGACAUUG